AUGUUCAAAACGCUCUUAAACAGCAUUCUCGAGUUCGUUUUUUCACCGCCAAACCCCAAACGACGCAAGAUGGAUCCCUACAUCCGAACUCUUCCUCCUUCCGAACCAAUCGACAGCCUUCUGGGUAUCAUUCAGUAUAAUCUGACAACCGAGCAAUGGUUGAAGAACCUCUGCGUUGUCGAUAUGCGGGAAAUGCAGCUCGAGAGGCUAGAUAGAUGCCAUGUUGACGAGAUUGUCCAUACUCGACAAAUUGAAGGAGGGUUCAAGCUCCACGAGCAGGCUUUGCUCAAGUUCCACCUCGAGCCGGCUAACCCUCAAGAGUCUCAAGAAAUUCCUGCGAAUGACCGCCGCGCGGUGUGUGUCGAAAGAGCACCAGGCGCUCCUCGACAAGAUGCAUCAAAGCAUCUAUUCCGUCUCAAGGCCAAGAGAUUCGCGAAGAAUACCUGCGAUUGCAUCCGAGUUGACGCCGACUAUGCCCAUCUACUCGAGCAAAACAAGACGGACCUCGACUGCGGCACAGAGGGGACCGACUCGGGCGAGGUUUUCCCACCGAACAAGUUACCCUGCAUCCAGUCUUUCCGCCCUCCUCCAGGGAGUCUCACGGCAUUCGACUGCGCGGUUUUAGCAAACGUAAUUACCACUGCUGCGAGUCCGUAUAGCAUCCACGCGCAUAUGUGCAUGUGGUAUGCGACUGUCUUCUUCCUGGCGGCAAAGCAGAUCGCUUCUGAGGCUGCCAAGGCCCCAGUUGCUUCUGUCAACGGGACGCUCUUCAAGGAAGGCGGCACUUUCAUGGGUAUUCGCAUCGUCGACCUCGCCACAGCCAACUUGGAGAUUUUUCGCGCCACUUCCAUCACCAGCAGUGUGCUGGACGCAUUUUCGGCGCUCCUUGUAAAAUUCGAAAAGAAGCGCUCAUCGGCAACCGCUGCUAAAGACUCGGACUCGGACUCAACUACAACUACGAGCCAGCCGCCACCCGCAGUCGAGGUCAUGGUCCCAAACAAUAUCGCCAACGACCGUCAGCAGUGGGCCAACGAUCAGUUAAUGCAGCCAGGAAAUACAAUUCCAUCCAUUGUCGAGAGCUUUUACCAGGAGCGAGCCGUCAGACGAGCCGAAAUAACUGCGAAGAUCGAUGCUUUAGUUGAGAAACGAAUGGCCUGGGAGUUGGAGCGCCAGCGGCAAGUGGAGGAUGCACAGGAGUUGGCUCGUCAGCAAGUGAAGGAUGCACAAGGGAUGGCUCGUCAGCAAGUGGAGGAUGCCCAGGAGGUGGCUCGUCAGCAUGUGGAAGAUGCCCAGGAGGUGGUUCGUAAAGCAGAAGACACGGCUCGUCAAGCAGAAGACGCAGCUCGUCAAGCAGAAGAGGGCAGACUUCGGGCUGAACAACAAGCUCAACUCUACGAGCAGCUGUUCAAAGACGAUCCACGUCUCAAGGCUUUCCUAGCUAACCGUGAUUUGGAUGUCUCAACCUAG